AUGCAAGGGCACUUGGUGCUCGGAUAUUGGUCAAGUGCUUUCCAGCUGCGUGCAUUCCAGCCUGCGAACUUCCUCCACGCUGCUGACCUUCAGGUGUACUCCUCACCGCUCGCGGUACUACCUCGCAGAGACACCACGGAGCCAGAUCCGUCGUUGUACUAUUACACCGAGCUCGCAGGAAAGACCUACGUCAACAAGGGUCUGGUCGCUUAUGGAUUCAUCCCGUCGAAUGCUACGGACAUCGUGGGCGACACCAUCAGCGGUAUCGGAAGUGCGAUUGGGCUCAAGCCAUACACGUGGACUGCGAGCAACGGCACAAUCUCGGGGACGCUAAUCGUCCAGUCCGAUCGUGGGUACAAUGUCCAGGGUCCGGUGAACUACCAGGGUCGGGUGCACGAAUACGCAUUCGUGCUUCAGCCGUACUACGGCACGGACAACCUUGUGUACGAUGCCGCGGCGGAGACUUUGCAGCUAACCUACAUCGGUACAACAUUACACUACGACCACGGGGGCGUGAACACGACCGGGCUCGAAGCGCUCGCGGUGCGUGCAGCAACGGCGAGGUACCCCCAGCUGGCCGACGCGGACCCGCAGAUGCCCGUCGCGACGGUGCAGGACUCGCGGCUGUGCCUCGAUGCGGAGGGGCUCGUUGCGGAUGCGGAUGGCUCUGUGUGGACGAGCAAUGAAUACGGGCCAGGCAGCCUGCGACGCGUCGGGAACCAAGGCUUCGAGGGCCUAUCCCUCGACAUCUCUACUCGCAGGCUCUACGCGCUCCUCCAGUCGCCGACGGUGCAGGAUGGCGGGCUUCUCUCGAACCCAUCGCCAUACACGCGCCUACUCGCGUUCGACGUGUCGGAUCCGAACGAACACCCUCCCGUUGUCGGCGAGUGGGUUGUUCCCCUCCCACUCUCAAACUCGGGCAGCAACCUGUACGCGGCGAGCGAGGUGCACUUUGUCGCGCCAGGCGUGUUCCUCGUGCUGUCGCGCGACGGAAAGGGCGAGGGCGGGUCGUCAGACAAGUCCAAAUACAAGCAAGCGGAUCUAUUUGACAUAAGCAACGCGACAGACGUAAAUACACCCUUUUUCAAUGCCCCUGGUGGCGCGGUCUCGCCCGGGGGCACGCUGAAUUCGACUAUCACACCUGCGACGUACGUCUCGUUCGUCGACUACCUGAACGCGACGCAGCUGGCACGGUUUGGACUACACAAUGGUAAACCGGACGACGACACGCUAAUUGAUGGGGAAUGGGAGUCACUCGCGCUCGCGCCCGUCGGGGACCCAGCGUAUCCGGAUGACUACUUCCUCUUCACCGCCGCAGACAACGACUUCCAGACGGAGGAUGGGGUGUCGGUCGGGGUUUCGUACGACGCUGGGCUGAACGAGAAUACCCAGUUUAUGGUGUUUAGAUUGACACUGCCUGGUGCGGCACCACAGUUGGAUUGCUAG